CCUCUCAAAAGUCAAAACCCAUUUCAUUUCACAAACAUACACGCAGUCUUUCCCAAUUCAAGAAUUCAAAGCAGUUGGAGGAUUUAAAGAACCCUCCCUUCAAUUUGCUUUCAUUUUCAACAUCAAUUCUUCUUCACAAGGUAAUCAACUUCUUUUUUUUUUUUUUUUCAUUUUCAUUUUAUUAUAUUAAAAAAUGAGAGAAAACUACCCAAAUAAUCAUCAUAAUGAUGUUAGUCAAAACCCUGAAUCUUCAAAAGUAAGCCAUGAUGAUAAUACUAAUAAUGAUAAUGAAAGUCAAUUGAAUUUUGAUUCAAAAGCAACCUCAAAAUUAGGGAUUUCUCAAGAGUUGACUUUAAGUUAUCUUUGUGAGAAUAAUCUUAAUAACAAUAAUAAUAAUUUGAAAUUGGGUCAAACACAAAAUCCAUGUGGGGAUGAUGAAAACAACAGAUUUGUAGAAAGAGAUUUUUUACAAUUGUCGGAGAAUUCGUCGAAACGAGAGGCUGGAAAUGAUACCGAGGAUGAGAUAUAUGGAAUGACUAGUAGAGAUAAGAAACCGAAACUAGAAACGCUUGAUUUGUCUCUAGCUUUGCCUGAUACUUGUAUGUCAUUGGCUGCCUCGAAUCGUGUUGUGCAUGAUGCUAAUGAUUUUUCAGUUAGUUUAAGGCCUGCUAGGAGUAUGCAGUCAUUGGGUAGGUCUAAUAGUAACAAUACUUUUUCUAAUGAUUUCACCACGGGGUCGAUGUCGUAUUCUUAUUCACAUCUGUUUUCACAUAAUCCUAGUUGUUCCAUGACUGAUGAUUACUCAAUGGGUAGUCAUAGAAAGGAUUGUGAUGCGUUGUGGAAUGCUGGGGAAGGGACUAAUGGGUCGGUUCAUAGUCGGUUUAGGCCAGUUGGAGAUGGUGGUGUUGCGUUGGUGCAAGGUAAUGGAACUAGUACGGAUAAUAAUAAUAAUACUAGCAAUAAUGUUAACGUGUCGUUUUUUCCUUCGGAAUUGCCUGCAAGGAUGAAAAUGGAGACACAGUCGGGUGAUUCGAGAGGGAGAGGCUCUGGGAAUAGCAAAGGGGUGGAAAGUUUGGAUUUUGGUAGAUCGCGUAAGCUUUCUAGGCCCGAGAGAGUUCUUAGAGAAGUUGUAUCCGAGUCUAUUCAGACGAUGGCUCAGAUAAUACAAGAGCUUCCUGAAGAAACUUUCGAGUCUACGAAGGAGUAUUUAAAGAAAUUGAUUUCAGUUCCUGAAAAGAGAGACGAAUUGGUGGGAUUACAGCUGCGGCUUGAGAGAAGGUCUGACCUUACUAGUGAAACUCUCUCGAAAGCAAAUAGAAACCAGCUUGUACUCUUGGUUGCUGUAAGAAUGGGUAUCGACAGCUUCUUAUCUGUCCAAAAUCGUCUUCCGGCAAAUGAGCUGAUUGAGAUUUUUGUAUUCGAACGGUGUAAAAAUAUGAACUGCAAGAGAUUAUUGCCUGUUGAAGACUGCGACUGCAAGAUUUGCUCAACGAAAAAAGGUUUUUGUAGCGAGUGUAUGUGCCCCGUUUGUCUAAACUUUGACUGUGCCAGUAAUACAUGCAGUUGGGUUGGGUGUGAUGUAUGUUCUCAUUGGUGUCACGCAUCUUGUGGUAUUCAAAAGAAUUUAAUAAAGCCUGGUCCAAGCUUGAAAGGUCCUGCAGGCACAAAAGAGAUGCAAUUUAACUGUCUUGGUUGUGGUCAUGCUUCUGAAAUGUUCGGGUUCAUUAAGGAUGUUUUCAAGUCAUGCGCGGAACAAUGGGGUUUGGAGACAUUAAUAAAAGAACUUGAUUGUGUUAGGAAAAUCUUUAGGGAAAGUGGAGAUUUUAAAGGGCAAAAGCUUCAUCUAAAGGCGGCUGAGUUGAUAUCGAUGCUCGAGAACAAAGUCAUGUCUCCUUCAGAUGUAUGCAGCACCAUCCUUCAAUUCUUCAACUCCACUGAUCUGAUGACCGAGUUUCCCAUGUCAAACCCCUUGAAAGAUGUCAUUCCACCCUUAAAACCCCACCCUCAUCAAACCUCCUUCUAUAACAAUGCGGGAUCAUCAAGUGGUAGAGGAGGAGAUAACAGUCUCAAAGGUCUUCCUCACAUGAUGAAUGCCAACAAGAUGAUAAUUGAGGAUGAAUGGUCGGUAAAAUCAUCACAGAAAGAUGCAUAUGAUAGUGUGGAAAGCCUCGUAAGAAUAAAAGAAGCCGAAGCCAGAAUAUUCCAGAAUAAAGCUGAUGAAGCAAGAAGAGAAGCAGAAGGGUAUAAACGGAUGAUCAGAGCAAAGAUUGAGAAACUAGAUGAAGAAUACACUGAAAAAAUUGUCAAGUUAAAGCUGCAUGAAAGUGAAGAACAAAGAAAGAAGAAAGCAGAUGAGCUUAAGGUUUCAGAGAAUGAUCAUUGUGAGUAUUACAAAAUGAAGAUGAGAAUGCAAGCAGAAAUUGCUGGAUUAUUGGAAAGAAUGGAGAAAACUAAACAGCAAUGGGUGUCGUGAUAAGUAGUUUGAUUCUUGCAUGUCUUUGGUCUUUUUUUUUUUUUUUUUUUUCAAGAUCCUUAAUUUUCUUUUUUAUGAAUCAUUUUUGAAUUGAUGGAAUUGGUUUGGGUUUAUGGGUUUUAACUUUUAACAUCUGAUUGACCUUUUUCUUUUUGUUGUUAGAAGGAUUGUUGACAUCUUUGGAUAUUUUGGAUGUGAAUUUAGGUGUAUUUUAUUGUAUUGUUUGGAUAUUAUGGCAAAAUUGAUUAUUAA